ACGUUUUUGGACCUAAUUGCGCAUAUGUUUUGGUCGGGCCCAUCUAUAUGUCAAUGUUGACAGGUGCGCCUAACUGAUCAAUGGCGCCCUCUAGCGGCUUCCAGCCCGCCACUACCAACCCAUGGUGUCUGGGUUCAGUAACGGCACAGCAGGUUAAUCCAUCAGUCAGCGUUGUGAAAGAAGCUCCGUGAACAAUAGAGCGAGUCUGUGCUUGAAAUAAUAAAAUAAAUUUUUCUUGGAUGUUUUCUGCUCCCCAGACGGACUAAAAGCUGUGAGAUUUGUCCUGUUAAAAAACACAAAGAGCGGCUCCUCCAUCGUUCUGACAGCUUUUUGUGUGCGGCCCUCAUGGCGAUCGCCUCUGUGGCCACAGAGUACGUGUUUUCGGACUUUUUGUUGAAGGAUGCCACGGAGACGAAGUAUAAAGGAGUCCGUCUGGAGCUGGCUGUGGAUAAAAUAGUGACGUUUCUGGCGGUGGGGCUGCCUUUGUUUCUCAUCUCACUCGCUUUUGCUCAGGAGGUCUCUGUAGGGACUCAGAUCAGCUGCUUUGCUCCCACCAACUUUUCCUGGAAACAAGCUGCAUAUGUGGACUCUUUCUGUUGGGCUGCGGUGCAGGACCAGGCUGACAGUUCAACACUUUGGCUGCACAAGUUCUUUCCCUAUGUCCUUCUCCUAAUUGCCGUCCUGAUGUCGGUUCCUGCCGUGAUCUGGCGUUUUUCUGCAGCUCCACACCUCUCGUCUGACCUCAGCUUCAUCUUGGAGGAGCUGGAUCGAUUUUAUAACCGCACCCUUAAACUGGCCAAAAAUCUGGCAUCUUUAGAUGACAAGGAUGCAGCACAGGACAACCAGAGUGCUUUGGAGCUGACUGAGGGCUGCUUUAAAUACCCUCUUGUGGAACAGUAUCUAAAGACCAAGCGCUCCUCCUGCAGCCUCGUGGCCAAGUACAUGGCCUGUCGAGGCCUGACGCUGCUCACCCUCUUGCUGGCAUGCCUCUACCUCACCUACUACAUCUUUCUGGCUUCGCUCAUUGACGAGUUCCCCUGCGACCUGCGGACAGGAGUGCUGAAGAACGACAGCGCGGUGCCAUCCGCUGUUCAGUGCAAGCUGGUAGCAGUGGGCGUCUUUAGGCUGCUCAGCUACAUCAACCUGUGCGUGUACGUGCUUCUUGCUCCUCUGGUGGUGUACGCGGCUCUGGGACCGGCACGGCAGAGCUCAGGCUUCCUCCGGCCCUAUGAGUUGCUGCCUGGAUUUGGUGCUCUGGGCGAAGUUAAACCCGUCUAUAACGACCUCAGCAUCUACCUGUUGUUCCUGAAGGAGAACCUGAGUGAACUCAAGUCCUUUAAGUGUCUGCAGGUGCUGGAGUUGUUGCAGCAGACUGGUGAUGAGGGGUUUGACACAAUGUGCCUUCUGCAAACUCUGGGUCAGGUCAAAACUGACGUGUUGGACAGUCACAAGAUGUGCUCCAGCAAGAACAUCGAUGAGACGAAUAAGCCUAAAGAUACAUGAAACUGAUAUAAGAUGGAUUGUUGCUCUUAUUUAGAAGCUUUAAGGUUUAUUUUGGACUGGUGGGUAAGAGUUUAGUUUAGGUUUUGUGAUUUCUGCCCUCAGAUCAGACUAUCUUGUUUCUGAAUGAUGAAGAGGUGAGGAAGAGAAGAACUGGAGGAGAACCUGUGCACUUCUUUUCAUCUAGGAGGCUGGAUGAGUAGAUUUAGAUCAGUGUAAGAGGAAAGUGCUGAUUUUCUGUAUAGUUUGACCAAACUAAGGUUUAGUUCCCAUGUGGGUAAUUUCUUAUACAAGACAAUUCCAAGGACAGAUACAUUGGGUUUAGUUUAGGGUCUGUUGCUGAUCUUGUAUCUUUUAGAAAAUGAAUGUAUUGUGAUAACACACUACUAUACAUAGAAUCAAAAUAAUCUUCUUUAAACCAAGAUGGCCAUAUUGUUUGUGCUGGAGAAAGCCUUUAACAAACAUUAAAGACUUCGUGUACAAGGAGCAGCAUGUUGGUAUACAUGCUUGCUUUGACAGAAAUAAGCCUGCUGAUCAUUUUAGGGGAAAUCUGCACUUUUUGCAUGUUUUAUUUAUGCCUGGAUGGCUCUCAUCCCCUGCAUGUACAGCUUAGCAGUGAACGCUGAAUUGACUGUGGUAAAAAACAUGCUCUGCAAACAUGUGGGUUAAGAGAAACAGUUACUGCAUUUACAGAAGGGUUGAGCGUGUGACAAAAGGGAACCAACAAUAAAGCGAGAGCGACACCCCGCUGCUGCAGUCAAGAUGACCACAUUUUCUUCAGGAUGAUAAAAUGCCAGAUUGGAAACUUCUUAGGCUUGAGGAGCUUGUAUAUGAGGAAGCUUUUGUAAGUUACAUCUCAGCCAACUUUGUACUAACAGAUAUUUAUUGGGUAAAAUAAAAGUACUUGUAAUCACAAGAA